ACUGAUCGGUUCUUUGAGCGGAGUGAUCCGUGUAUUCGGUACUGCGACGGAACUAUCCAGGCUUUCCGCGGAAGCCAGCGCGAUCGGCAGACGGAAGAUUUUGCCGAACGAACGGAGUUCGAAAAGUUAUUCGCAACUUUAUUUUCGGGACGGUUUCGUCCCUUUAAUUUGUGUGACCUUCGACUUAGUGGAGUGUAUUAUGCUUGAGAAAAUCGUCACAAAGUGAGGGAACCGAUGAAGACAUGCGAGGGUAGCUGCCUUUUCUUCCGCGCGGCGUCACCAUGUACUACCCUCCCAUAUUCGCUUCAGUGAGACCUUACGAUCCCCGGACCAAUCCCCUCGAGGUUCCCGUGGGGCGGGAGAACCCGCUCGAUCUCUCGGUCAAGCCCAUCCGGCCGAACUCGGAGGCUGCAGUCGUCUCGGCCGCCGCAGGCACCGACGCAGACGAUCUCAUGAUGCUGGACCACCGAAAACUCGCCAACCUAGCCGCCUCGCACUCGCUAUCGGCCAUGGGGCGGCAACUGCUCGAUCCCACCCUCUUCAGGCUGGGCGCCUAUGGUGCCGAUGUGGCCCUAAUCCCCGGCCUAGCUGCCGCACCCCCCUUCUGCUUCGACAGGACAGCAGCCGCGGUGCCCACCUCUCUUGCAGGCCAUCCCAUGAUGAGUUCCUUCUUGCAGCAGAGAGAAAGAUGUCUAGAGCAGCAGCACCAGCAAGCUGCUCUAUACGCUGCUAGGAAUAACGCAGCGGCUGCAGCCCAGCAGCAAGCUGCGGUCGCAGCCGCAGCUGCGGCCUAUAUAGAUCCUAGCACUUUGCCCCUGCAUUUACGAAACGGACUAACCCAGAGGGAGGCAGCUGCAGCGCUCGCUGCCACCCGUGGUCUCUAUGCUCCAGCUUUACCUACACCGAUGGUUCUUCCUGCCUUCUCUUUAUACACAGAAGACAAAGGGGCUUUCACUUCCCUGAGAAAUCCCGCCAACACUGUAGCAAACGAAAAAAGUUACUUGAACGGUACUUCGACAGCCACUGCGCCGACGCUUGAAGCUGUGAGGUAUGCAGAGCAUUUCCAGCGUUUCAGAGAACAACAACAUUUACAGCAUCAUCCAUCGGGAAAGUGCAACAACGCUUGCUGCACGUCUAACACAAUAGCUGGCUUAGGUCAAAAUUCAGUUCCCUGCGCUUGCUGCGUCCAAACACCAUCGCAAGCUGCUUUAUGUGCUCGAAGCCCAAUGGGUUGUCCGAACAAAGAUCCUACAUCUGCUGCCACAGGCAAAGUCUGCGAUUUCGUUCAACCAGGUUUAACAUUCUUGCAUCGACCAACAGCAACUACCGCCAUUUCGACCACUACUACCACUGCAUCCAGCUCUAGUGAACUGCGACUCUCGGUGUCAAGCUUGUGUUCCACUCAUACUUCUAGUGAUCCUACAACAGUCAGUUCAAAAUCAGAUAAGCAAAAUUCUGGUUUUCGACCCUCGACAAUUUGGAACGCAGGAUUGCCAUCCGUAUCCAGUGGUGGCAAGACUGCUUUUUCGGUUCCAAAGAAAAAAGAAAGUAAAGAAUCUUCAUCACAUUAUCAUAAAGAGCAUAAGACUUCUGGGAGCAUAAAAGACAUCUUGAAAGAUACCCAUCCAGUUUCAAACUCAAAUGAAAUUCCAAGGUAUGAUCAUAAAACUACUAUUCCAUCUUCUAAACAUGAGAUCAGCGACCGAUCUUCCAAACGAAGUCAUGAAAAACCCUCUGUUCCAACGGAAGAUUAUUCUUCCCGAUUUUAUCACAGAAAACCAUCGGAUAAUCCUUUUGCUUUUCAUAGUGAGACUCCAACUAUCGUACCAUCCAAACACAAUAUAAGCAAUAUUGUGUUUAAUGGUAGUGACGCCAUAACCAAAGUUACUAACUCCACUUCUGUUGUGUCAACAAAGUGCGAAGGUGGUACAAUUCCUAUUGCGAAGCUUCCCCCUUUAUUAGAAGCUGUUCGACCUACAGAAUCUAAAGCUAUCGUAGAACUUUCCCAAGAUACUCCAACAUUGGUAUCAAGUCCUCACGGCCCUCCUCCUCUUAUAGCUGUAUCUAGUUCUGUCGACAACCACGUACCUGUUACCACAUCUAACAGGACGAAUUACGCUUCAACUGAAAAUUCAGUUCUUCGAAUGUCCAAUUCUUCUUAUCUUAUGCCCUCAUACAAGCAUUCGAGUGAAAAAUUAAAUAACGAUGCAGCUGGUUUUAGAUUGACUUCGAAAUCUCCCAAGAAAGCUUCACAACAAUCUUCGAAAUUUAAUGGACUGCCAUCUGGAUUUGCUAAUGAGGAACCCCAUUUAGCACCUAGUGUUACGCUACCCAAACCAAUACCUCAGUUGCCACCUAGCCAUCUGCUCCCUGCUGCAAACGCUGCUCAUUUCGCUACUAGUCACUACCGCCCAGCACAGCACCAGCUUAAUCUUCAAGCGCAUAAUGGUUGGAUUCCUCCUGCAAAUCCUAACGUGACUGUUGCACCUCUCCCACCUCAACAACCUACUACAACAGCUCCAAUGACAUCUUUGUCCACCACGACCAGCUUAUCUAAUAGUAGCACUACCCUUCAGUCGUCAAAGCAGGCUGGCUUGCGAGAACCUGAUUAUGCGGACACUGCCAAUGUCCUGCAAUCUUUACUUAUACGCUCUGCACCCGGAAUGGAACCACUGACGGCCAUUGCGCCCUCAGCUGGAACCGGAACAGCUACUAGUGUCAUCACACCAACUAAUGGUCUGCCAUUAUUUGGAUUGGACUAUCGUUAUCCGUUCAGCCAUCCAUUGAACUUGCCAACAGCGCCCAUUAACAGUGUGGUUACCACAUCCCACAACAGUACUUCGGCAACAGUUCCAGUUCAGAAAGAUAAACAAGAAGUUCAUAAAUCAUCGGAUAGUGCGACCCAUUCCUCUCCAGUCGUUUCAAAACAUUCAUCCAAGAAGAGAUCCAAUGGACCUGUGAAUUCAGAGGACAUGUCUCCUGCUAAAAAAAGACUUCUUUCAACGGAUUUCUGCGCACCUCACAUCCAGCAACCUAGAUAUUCUUUUCAGCCAACUGCCUUUGCUAACGAAGCACCAGAAGCUCCAGAGUGUCCAUAUACCUUCAUCCCAGAGCCGCCUCUCAAUUACAACCAGCACAAGCCCGAAGACAUCCAAAAACCUUUGAGAAGGGAUGUAGUGGUGGAAAAACCUCUUGAUGUGUCCAUUCCGAAUUCGAUUCCAAAAUCGCCCAUAUUAGUACCGGCCAAAACCCCCGAAGUCACCCUCCCAUGCAUCCCUGCGAGCCGCCUGCCUCCACCGUCCGAGGACCGCCUGCGUGCGAUCCGCGCCCGUCGCCGCAUCCGUCAGCGGCUACUCGCCCGCAUCUGUCGUCAGCGGCGGCCGCUGCCGGCGGCGCAGCAGCCCGACCGCGCCGCACUGGACCGGCAGCUGGCGGUGCGGCACGCCCGCAAGUUACUGUCGCAGCUCACGCUGCGCUUCGCCCACCGGCGCUACGUGCACAAGUGGCACGCCAUCAAGCAGAGGAAGGGAGCGGUGGUCCGCCUGCGGAAGAAGCGGCGCGACGGGAAGAUCGUCUUCAAGAUCAGGAAGGCCAAGGAAAGUGUGAAGGAGAAGCAGGCGCAGCUGGCUAACGCUGCGAACAAAACUUCGAAUACACAAUGUUCCCUCGCCAUCCCUGCCGAAAUGAAACGACUCAUGGUCAACAAAGCAUUGGGAGAGACGACUUUACACCGAGCAGCAAGAUUAGGAUAUCCUGAGGCUGUCGCCUAUUGCCUUAAGACCAAGUGCGUGAGCGUGAAUGCUCGUGACAACGCUGGAUACACGCCCCUUCACGAAUGCUGCUCGAGGGGCCAUCUGGAUAUUGCGAGAGCUUUGCUGCAAUAUGGAGCUGAUGUGAAUGCUAGUGCUGCUGGCGGCAUUAGACCUCUGCACGAUGCCGUCGAAAAUGACCAUGUAGAGAUAGUGAGAUUACUUCUAUCGUAUGGUGCCGAUCCGACCAUUGCUACUUAUUCGGGACUGGAGCCAAUGAAACUGGCGCGAUCACCGAUGAUGGCAGAAUUUCUACAGGGUUUCUUUGCCGACAUCAGUGGUGAAGUAGAUAGCAGACCUCAUUUGCCUUGGAGGUUUUGGGGUUCUGCACGCUGUCUUGAUUCCGAAGACUGUGGUUACGAUGUGUUCGAUGGUGUUCCGUCCGACCCGCCAUCAGACGGAGAGGGAGACAAUGAUUUCUUGUUCGAAGUGAGCGAUUCACCCCACCUGCCCACCUUCAGACUUUUGUUGUCGGCUGCUAGUAGUAAGGCGCAAUGCAAUUAUCUCCGUUUGAAUGACGUGUUGCGGAAACUCACCAUCACCAAGGACGUUUUCCACCAGGUCUACCCACACAUUGAAAUCUUAUCCCUGCCCAAGCACGAAUUCGAAGCCAGUGCGACCUGCAGCCCCCUGCUCACGGGCACGAAAUUCGACAGCGGGGCAAAUGCGGGCGCACCGAUGCCACUGUCUCGCCAGCCCAGCAACCCGGCAGAUCGGAUGACAGACAAUGGGAGCAGCACUACGGACCUGGUCCGGCUAGAUAACAGUAUCCGGCAAGUGCUAGGAAUAGAAACUAUCUCCGUGCGGUAGCAGAGAUAGGUCUUCAGCUUCGGGGGCUAUUUGCAAAUUUCGCCACUUUACGUUUUAGGUCUCAUUCCUCUUUUAAAAAAUGCGGCAAGUCCGGGUUUCCUUUUCAAAACUGCUUUCUAUUAACAUUCCUUAUUUUAUAGUUCGUUAUUUUGUGAUUUAUUUUUUACAAAGCGUUUAGUAUUAAAAAUUAAUGCAUGAUUUCUCGGUAUUUUAUGCGCGACUUUUCCCAAGUUUUCAUUUACUCUUUAAAAUAUAAUUUAACUAUAAAUUUUGUAAAUAUAGGAACGAAUAAGCAUUUUUUAUGCAUAUAAUAUAUUUCGUUUCAAUGUUUUUCAAAUUCGUACUUUUUUUUUCAUUCUCAUGCCUUAAAUUUAAAAGAACAGUUAAAUUCGAACAUUUCUUAAUAAAAACCUUUUCUCAGUUGGUUCUAUAAAUUGUUCUAACUGUUAGAAUUUCGUUUACCUAUGACGCUAUUCGAGAUAUAAGCCCACCUACGUUGCGUAUUUUGUGAAUAGCCCCUGAAGAAUUAUUCUUUCAUCGUUUGAAGCAAUUUGUGAUAGAGACUGCGCUUAAAAGUGAAAAAGUAAUGCUAUAGUCAAAGGAUAAUUGUUCUGUUGAAGCUAUACGAAUUAAAUUUUGCUUGUAAAAAAUUCUGAAAGCAUUGAAACUGAUAGUGACAUUGUGUGAAACAUGGAACAUCAAUUUUAAAAUUUCGUUAAAGCUUGACCUAAAGUAUGCUUUUUUAAUGUUUAUAAGGAAAAAAAAACUUAUUUUAUAUGUAAAAAAAAAGUCUUAUAUAUAUAU